UUUACAACGCACAGAUCGAAAGGAAUUCUUGUGAAAUACGAAUCUAUAAUGAAGUUUUUGUUGAUUGUCCUUUUGGCUUGGAUCGCCUUGGCUUCGGCCCAGUUUGGUUUUGGUGGUUUUGGCGGUGAUCAGCAACAACAACAACAACAAGAAGGAUUUGGUGGCGGUGGUUUUGGUGGCUUUGGUGGCUUUGGUGGCGGCUUUGAGCAGCAACAACAGCAGCAACAAGAGGGCUUUGGUGGAGGUUUUGGUGGCGGUUUUGAGCAGCAACAACAACAGCAGGAAGGUUUCUUUUCCUGAUAACCUAUAAUUGAUGAAUCCUAUAAAUUGAUUUUAUAAUUCACAUAUGAAAAUCAAAAAUAUACUUCCAACUUUCUAACCUCAUUAUAAAA